UGCAUGUAUAUGUAUGUGUAGUGAACCCUUAAGCUGCUAUUGGGUGAACACCAGGGGAGGAGGUGUGUUCAGUUUCACAGUAUAGCACUUGUGUUAUGAGAGCCUUCUGCCAUCCCCCUUCCUAGUCCUCAAUAGCGAGUGUGCUGCAGCUCUGGAUGCUGUGUAUGCAUGAGGGGAAGAGAGGAGGGACUGCCAUAGAUUCUCUGAGCCCGGGUCUGCAGGUCUGCCUUGCAUCUGCAGUGGAGACUGAAAGAAAGGUUGAAACUGGAAGGAAGGAGAAAAGCGACAGUAAGAAAAACAUUCUAGAGAGAAGACGAGAGUGACUACAUAUUUUUCUACACAUGACAGGCUUCUCACGUCUCUAAUAAACAGAUAUACUGUGUUCGACUCCCUCCUCCAGAUGUCUGUACCGUGGAUUAGUUAAAUCUGGAAAUUGGCAUCAAGAAGAACAAGACCUUCUGCUAACAUUUAGAACAGAACGAGAGACGGAGAGUCGAUGACACUGAAACACACAAAUGAUGGACAAGAAAAGUGCAAAUGGCUUUUCCACCAAGGCUUCUGAGAGUGGGGGGCAGAGGAAACAGCUGCCAUAUUCUGUGGAGACCCCCUAUGGCUUUCAUCUGGAUCUGGACUUCUUAAAAUAUGUUGAUGACAUUGAGAAGGGUAAUACCAUCAAGAGAGUGCAUAUACAGAGAAAGAACAGGGGGCCAAAAUAUAGCACACUGCCACGCAAUUUCAGCCUUCCUGGACAUGGUGCAAGACCUGCAGCUAAAGACACAUGGUCCAACACCUCCACCCUGGGGUCCAAACCCAAGUCGCGUGUAACUGAAGUACAGCAACUUUUUGAUUUCAGAGCCAGCACUGACAAUGCUAGCAGCAGUAGCAGCCAAAGCACCCCUGCUGCUCAAUCAAAUGUACAAGGUAGCAGCUACCUCUCUUCCCUCAAAACUGUGGAGAAGGCCCAUGUUCAGGCUUCCCAGGACCAUCAGGCUUCUCUGAGCCUUAAUGUGAGGCCUCACUUGUUUCGGGCAUCCAGCAUGCCUGUUAAUGUGCCGCACAGAAAAGCUUCUGAUGCUACCGAAGAGCAGAGCUGUAAAUCACAGAAUAGCUCGACUGAAAAACUGUUUCGCCCUGUGGAUGGUAGUGACAGAAGAGGGAGUAUUCCUCAAGACAGGGCCAGUCUGCAUCAACAGAUAACAGCAGCACUGAAACGGGUGCGGGAACUAGAGGAGCAGGUCAGGACAAUCCCUGAGUUAAAGGCUCAGAUUUGCUCCCUAAGAGAAGAGAAGCAACAACUUAUUCAGAGUAUUCAAACACAGUCUCAUGUCAAGAGUCUGUCAGAGAAAGAGCCAAGUGAAAAAACACAACAGGAAUCCCAAGAAAGUACUAACCUUCCUUCUGCAACAAAACAGCAAGAGGGUCCAUCACUUUCCCAGGAUACUGAUAGUCACGCUAAAAUUCCAGAAAUAGAGGCAAAUGUAGAUAAGCUAGCCCAGAAAAUCGAAGAGCCGCAAACUUGUACAGCUUUGGCAGAAGGACCAACUCUAUGUGUGGUCUCUAUUCCAGUGAUACUCAUUGAUAAAGUUGAAAGUCCAACUGAUUCAGAAGGAUCUGAGAAAAUGUUUGAAGAACCUGAGAAUGGGACUGAAGUAUCUUUUGGAACAGGGAUUUCGGAACAUGGAUUAGAAGAUCAAGAGGAAAAGCCAGAAAAAAAAGACUCUGACCUAACAUUAGGAUUCUCCAUAACAGAAGAAAAAGGAGAUAAAUCUGAAAAAACAGAAACAAUUGAUCAGUCUGGUGAAAAGGAAAACAUGGCCUGCACAAUAAAUGAACAAGAUGUUCUCACUAUCCAAGAACUCCAAGAAAAAGUGAAGACAUUGGAGGAAAGAUUACGGCAGGUCAGCUGUGACCUAGAAACAACAAACUCCCUACUGAAUGUACAGAUGGAAGAGAAUAGACAAAAGGAUGUAACAAUUCAGGAGCUAAGUGAGAAAGUAAAAGAACCCAUUGAAGACAUUGUAGAGCAAGAGCCGAAGGUUCCACAAGAGACUGAGCCGUUUCCUCAGCACGUUAGUACUCGUGAGGCAUCAGUCAAUACCGAUAGCAAGCAUGUGCUAGAAAAAGAAGUCCUAACAGAUUUUGACCUUCAACCAAUUGACACUAUCAAAAAACCUGACCUAAUUUGUUGUAGUACUCAAACAAGUAUAGUUGAGAUGCGAGAAAUUGAAGUCUUAGCACAGGUGAUGACAUCUGAAAAAGUUGUUGGUGUGGAAAUUGUAACACGUGACCAGGCAGUUGAAACAGAUGAGUACGAAAAUGGCAUAAAUGUCAAAGAAAGAAAAGAACUUGAAACUGCAGAAGAAUUACCUGCAUACGGUGUAGACAGAGAUGAUGUAAAUAAGGAGAAAAUGAAUGAAAGCAUGGUCAUUGAGACUGAUGUGGCUGAAGAGUAUGUUAUAGUAGAAAAGACCGAAGAUGAUUUGGUUGAUACAGUACCCAAGGAUAAACUAAAUCUCAAGACCAUGGUUUGGGAAAAAGAAUUGGUGGAGAAUGUUACUGUGAUAAAGGAAACCAUAAAACCAGACACUAGCACAGAUGAACCAUUGCAGCAAGACCAAAAGCAACCUCUAGGACAAGACAUUCAGUCUCAACCUCAGAGACCUGCUGAAGCUUCAGCCUCACCUGCAGCCAUAGGCCAGGUUGUCACUCGGAUCCAAGGUCUCCUCAAUGAACAGUGGGCCAGUCUGGGGAGUGGGAGCCAGGAACCAAAAGCAGAGGGCUCUCAAAAACAGCCAGUCUCAAAGAUAAGCUCUAUCCAAAGUCACCUCCGAGGCUCACUUAGUGCACUUUCAGCCUUCUAUUCUCCUGUUCAAAAAGGAAGUGCAGCAAAGCAAUCAGGCCUCAAAUCUAUCAUGAAGAAGAAUGACUGUUCUGAUAAGCAGAGGACUGGAGGAGCCAAGAAAAACCUGAAAUUUGUUGGUGUAAAUGGAGGCUAUGAGACAACAUCCAGUGAGGAGUCCAGUGGGGAGGAGAAUGAGGACGAAAGGGAGAAAGACAAAGAGAAGGAGGAGUUGGAGGAGGAAGUGGAUAGCUCGGAGACGGAGGAACAGGGAGAGGAACGUGGAGUGGUCCCAGAGGAGGAGAAAGAGGAUGCUACUGCUGGGGAGCAGGCUGAAGAAGCUCAGGCAGGGGGGUCCCAGGGUUCUGUGGAUCCUAAAGACCUCCAAACUGGUGUUGAUCCCCAGGAGGAGCAGCCCAGCAGUGAACUUGUAGAUAAAAACUUCAUGGCAGCUUGUCACUACCUAAAGGAUCGAAUGGCAGAAGUUGCUGCACCAAGCAAAGAUAUGAGGCAGGUUCUGAUGGUGCUUUAUCAGGAAUGGUUCCGUGUAUCCAGUCAGAAAGAGUCCCAGGCAGAUACGGUCACUCUGUAUCUGAGAGAAGUUGGAAAUCACACCCCCACUCUCCUGCGCUAUAUAGUAAACCUGGCUGAUGGCAACGGCAACAUGGCCCUACACUACAGUGUCUCCCACUCCAACUUCCAAGUAGUCAAGCUCCUGUUGGACACUGGGCUUUGUGAGGUGGAUCAUCAGAAUAAAGCCGGCUACACGGCGAUCAUGUUGGCAGCUUUGACAGCAGCAGAAGGACCUGAGGACAUGGAAGUGUCCCAGCACCUACUGAGCCUGGGAAACAUCAACGCCCGGGCAGGCCAGUCUGGUCAGACAGCAUUGAUGCUGGCAGUUAGUCAUGCGCGCACAGCGAUGGUCCAGGUUCUUCUCAACUGUAAUGCCGAUGUGAACACACAGGACCAAGAUGGCUCCACGGCGCUGAUGUGUGCCUGUGAACACGGCCACAUUGAGAUAGCCAAACUACUGCUAGACAGAACAGAAUGUGACACUAGCCUGAAAGAUAAACACGGGCACACCGCACUGUCCCUGGCCAUCAAGUUCUCCCACUCUGAAAUAGUCGACCUUCUGAAGGCCCACGCUGAGAAAGCUGGAGCUUCACACACUACAAGUCUUCUCUGAGGUUGCUUGUACACUUCCUCUGCAGUAGCAACAGUACCUGCAUUCACCCUCAAGCUGCCUCAACCAGACAAACUGACCAGUGAGACUUAUUCAGGAAAGCAAAAAUGGACUUUCCUCAGUGUGGAUAAGCAACAGGCCAAGUAUUUACAGCUCUCUGAAGCGCAGUUAAACAAAGCUCUUAACUUAAUGUGGAUGAAGCAUGGUACAUUGUUACAUCUUGUGUCCUGUUUUUCAAGUAGUAUUAUAUUUUUGUCAGCAGACAGUAGACAGCAUUAUACAUGAAUGUUACUAUAGAGUCUAACAGAUACAUACUAUAUUUAUUUUAUAUUGCACCUUGCUAUACUUUUUUUUUUUUAAUUCUCCUCUGAAAUAUACAAGGCCUGUCUGAAUAUAUCCUGAUGAGCAAAAUUGUGUCUUCCAUCAAGAAGGUUAUCAGGUAAUGCUUUUCAUGUUAAAAUGUAAAGGGUUUAUUUUCUCUUCAGCAUGAGGAUAAUAAAAUGGCAGGAUAGCUCCCAUACCAAAUACAUUCACCCAAUAAAAUGCAACAGAAUACAGAAAACGUUAGGUCAAUGCUGGACUCUGUGAUGCGCUUCACACGAUAUGGUCGGGUGUUUUGAAAUAAUCAUGAUUUAUGUUGAGCUUAUGUCGAGGAUAGGAUAUGCCGAGGUGAUAUAGAAAAGCCCCAUAAAAAAUUUAAAUGAAUUUAAAUAGGUAUAGGUGGGAAAAUCAAUAUUCUGGUUUCCACUACAAACACUGGCUUUUAUAGCCAAAUUAAUUAGCAAGCAUGGAUGACACACAAUCUUUCCAGUCAGAAACAUUAAAGAAUAACUGACAAAUACUAGCAGAAUAAAGUCAGACAUAAAUCUGCAGUCACUUUGUGGUUAAACACAAUGAAGCUAAAGCAACAACAGCUAAAGACUAGCCAGAAUGGUGUAUUAUUUAUAGUGAUAUAUCACAAUGUCCUUUAUAAAUAUAUUUCUCUGUAUUGCAUCUGUUUGCACAUAACUAACUCAUUGUAGAUUUUUAUUUUAUAUUUUACAGCUCCCAAAUUUUAGUCAAGUCACUUAGGCUUCCAUGAAAUCAAAACACAAGACUUGGCAACAUUUACUUGCCCUGGAGUCUAGCUACAGUAAUACAUGUAAGAUUUCUCCACCCUGACAACAUUUAUGUCCAUCAUUUGCUGAAGCAAACACUUGAAUCGAAUAAGAUCCGAGGAUCAUCAGUAUUAAGUAUUUAAUGCAUGCUGUUGUAUUAAAUGCUGAGAUAAUAAUAAUAACCCUGGAAAUCAUAUAAAUAACAGAGAAAGCAAUGUUGAAGCUUUCUGCUAGACUUUUCAAUAGUGCAAAUUUGAUCUGAUUUUUAGGGUCUCUUACUGGUGUAAAAAACAGGUCUCUUACUGGUGUAAAAUUGGAUUCUUGUACAAUUAGAUGCCAUAUUGGACUGAACAAAAUGUUUAUUUUUUGGUAGCACCAAAAAUGCUAUUAGACAUUGACCAAAAUGUUAUUAGAUGACAAUCAGAAAUCAAACCAACAUCAACAUCUACAUGUACAAAUGGACUCAUUUUUUAGCUAUUUUCCAG